AUGUCAUCAAGUAGUGAUGAAGUCUCAUCUAUAGAAACUCAUGCCGCUUCAUCCGUGGUUGAUAACUCUAUUCCGAGCACGUUUAAACAACAAAAGGCUGGUGAAUCAAACUACUUUAUUUCACCAAUCCGAAGCGAUGAAAGUGAUAUUGAAGACUCCGAUGAAGAUCCUUAUUUCCGAUUGAUUCACAAAAGUAAGACCCCAUCCGAUGUCGUACUUUCUAUUGCAUCGUUGACGUCGUCCAGCACUAGCAGUAGCAGCUCGAAUUCAUCGAAAUCUAAUAGUUCGUUGGACACUGAAGAUGAUAGUGAGCAAGUAGACCCUCAAAAUGUUACGGUUGCUGGAACUAAUUCCCAAAAGCCCAAGGAGAGAGAAGAAAGGAGUAGAAAGAGAAUACGUAAACCAGCGAAGUGGAAAUCGAAAGUUGCAAAAGUGCUAAGAGAUUCUCGCAAAGCCUACCAGUCUUUCUCGAUAUCGAAGAAACAAGUGCCACAGAGAAAAGUUGGACCGCCCUGUGGAGAAAAAUGUCGGCUAAAAUGCAAAGAUAAGAUCGAUGAAAUGGGACAACAGCUAUUUGAUGCAUUUUGGGGACUCGGCAAUCUUGAAAAACAGAGAUAA